CGUAAGGCUCGGCUUGGCUACAGAUGGAUUCAAUCCAUUUGGAUCAUUGAGUAGUAAGUAUAGCACGUGGCCGGUUAUUCUAAUGACUUACAACUUACCACCAAAUAUGUGCAUGCAACGUUCUUUUAUGAUGAUGUCUUUGCUUAUUUCUGGUCCUAAAGGACCGAAAAAUGGCAUCGAUGUUUAUUUGCAGCCACUGAUAGAGGAGCUGAAAGAGUUGUGGGUUACUGGAAUUAGAACCUUUGAUGCAUCCACCAAACAGUACUUCAAUAUGCGAGCGGCCAUUUUGUGGACUAUCAAUGAUUUUCCAGCAUUAGGUAACUUAUCAGGGUGGAGCACAAGUGGCUAUCUUGCUUGCCCGAGUUGUGGUGAAAAUACAGUAUCUGAGCGGCUGUACAAAUCGAACAAACAGUGUUUUAUGGGCCACAGUCGUUUUCCCGAGGAAGGGGCACCACCUCCACCUUCGGGCGACGAGGUUUUAUCACAGACAGAUGGAAUCAAUGUUAUAUUUGGGGCAGGUCAAGCAGUAUCUUGUGUUUUGAUAGAAUUUUUGGAUGAUUUUGUGUUUGAUAAUUAUGUGUUUUGGAAUGUUUCGACGAUUUUAUGUUUUGGAAGAAUGUUUUGGAUUAUUUAAUUUAAGCGAGUUGUUUAAUGUUUUUGUGUAUUUAAUUA